AUGGAAGGAACUCAGAAGAAAGUGGAAUUAGAAUUGCAGCAGUGCUUACGCAAUACUAAUGGAGGUGAUGGGGCUACCUUAACUCAAAUGCAAGAAGCAGUAACAUGCUAUAAUCCAUCAACUACAAAGGAAAUGGUCACGAUAAAAACCAGUGCUAAGAUUGUGGUUCCUAAAACUACCAGGAAUCAGUUAAUCAAUCAAGAAAAUUAUGAAGAAGAGGAGCAGACACAAAGGGCAAAAGGAAGAGAUAUGGAUGCAGAAUCUACUACACAGAACUUCGUAAAUGUUGCUAGACAAGGUGAUAUCUCACCUAGACAUAUGGAGAAAGAUUACUUUAAAGAUGACCAAACUGAUGACCACACAGAGUUCAUUAUUUCCAUUGUCUAUGCUAAAUGUGAUGCAAGAGAAACAAUUGAGUUGUGGGACACUUUGUAUUCCUUGGCUAAUGAUAUGGUUUUACCCUGGCUUGUGGGUAGAGAUUUUAAUGUGAUAUGGGAUGAAGAAGAGAAAUUUGGGGGCCUCCCAGUUAAUAUAAAUGAGAUUGAUGAUUUUAGACAUUGUAUAACCACAUGCAACCUUUUUGAUCUUGGCUUCAAAGGAAGCAUAUCCACAUGGUGGAAUGGGAGAUCUGAAGAAAACUGCAUAUUCAAAAGGCGAGACAGAUGUUUAGGCAACAUGGAGCUUCAACAACUUUGGCCAGGCUUGGAGAUAAAUCACCUAUCUAAGAUUGGCUCAGACCACAGCCUAAUGCAUCUCACAUAUAAUCCUAGUACUGGUCAGAUCAAAAAAGCCUUUAGAUUCUUAAAUUUCUGGAUCAAACAUGAGUCAUUCUUGAAUGUAGUUAAGGAGCAUUGGCAGGCAGACUUCCAUGCAAGUCCAUUCAUACUUUUUAACCACAAGAUGAAGAAACUGAAGAAAGCUCUUUCUACAUGGAGCAAGGCCUCGCUUGGUGAUAUAUUUCAAAGGAUAGCCAGCUUGGAGGAAGUGGUGAAGGUGCAUGAGACACAAUUUAAAGUGAAUCAAACUGUACAAAAUCGUGAAAGGAUCCAAAUGGUGCAAGCAGAUCUUAUUCGAGUGUGGCCUUUGGAAGAAGAAUUUUGGAAACAAAAAGCAGGCAUGGCUUGGUUCAAAGAUGGAGAUAGAAAUACUAAAUUGUUUCAUGCUCAUGUUAAUGACAAAAUAAGGAAGCUACAACUAAAAAGAAUACAAGACAUGAAUGUGAAUUUGUUGGAAGAUCUAUCAGCUAUUGCAGAUGAAGCUGUUCUUUUCUUCCAGCAGCAAUUUCAUGAAUCCACAAUUCCUACUGACUUUAGGAUAUUGGAUCAUGUCCCAGUAAUGUUAAAUGAAGUGCAGAACUUUGAGAUUACAAUGCAGCCAACAAUUGAGGAAGUGAAGAAGGCUGUGUUUGGUUUGAAUGGAGACAGUGCAGGGGGACCUGAUGGAUUCAAUGGUAAUUUCUUUCAUGCUUGUUGGGAAAUCAUUGGGGGGGACAUACUAGACAUGGUGCAGGAUUUUUUCUGUGGGCAGGAACUACCCAAAUUUGUGACUCAUACAAGUUUAGUCCUACUACCUAAGAAGAAGGAUGUCCAGAACCUUUCAGAUUUAAGGCAAAUUAGCUUGAGUAAUUUCUCUAAAAAAAUCAUAUCAAGGGUUAUUCAUGAGAGGGUAGUGGAUAUAAUUCAUAAUAUUAUAUCUGAUGAGCAAGAAGGGUUUGUAAAAGGUAGAAGUAUUGAUGAGAAUGUAUUACUCACUCAAGAAAUAAUCACUGACAUUAGAUUGAGGACAAUGGCAGGCCCUAAUGUAAUUCUAAAAUUGGACAUGAUGAAGGCAUAUGAUCGACUCACCGGGAUUUUUCUCACAAAGAUCUUGAGGAAAAUGGGAUUAACUUAA